AUGGAGAGGCAGGGCAGUCUGACGAGAGGCUCGCAUUCAUCUUCAGUCAGGGGACCAAGAGGCAAUUGUAUUCGUGCCAGACUUAAAUUAGACUCACUUUACAUUGAAGAGGGCAGCCCCACGGGCAUGGCUACCUCGGAAACGCCGUUGCAUGUCAGUCCCGCGCAGUUGCAUGGUGUUGGCGCUGGCUGGGCGACGAGGUAA